CGGAAGUAACGAGGGUCGCCGGCGUCCAAGCAGGAGCGCGCGGACCUUGAAGCUGAGCUGGAAGCGCGGUAACCCGGACCCCGCACAGGAACAGUACCCCACCCGGAAGUCGCGGGGGGCCGCAGCGCAGAGUCCGUGGAGGCGCUCUGGACAUGGAGCCUCCGCCCGAGGGCAGCCAAAAAGGCACCGCUUACCACGGCCUAGUCGAUGAGCUUCGAGGAGAACCGUCGGAUACGAUCCCUGCCGUGGUCUCCGUAAUGGGAGGAGACUUCGCGAAGGAGCUCUGGGCCGAACCUGAGCAGGGAGCAGCGGCAGAAGAAAGCCACGGCGGCGGCGCGGGAGCGGCCGGCCCCAUAGACGACGAGAACCAGAAGGGUGGCGGCGGUGACGGGGAGGAGCCGCAGCAGCAGCAGCAGGACGAGGCACUGGGUGCCUCCGAGGGGCCGCAGCCCCAGGGCAUGCAGCAAAGCUUCCACCUCAGCACGUUUACGGGGUUGCAACUGAAGGAGCUGGACAGCAUUUUCCAACGCAGUCAGUACCCCGACGUGUUUGCGCGAAAGGAGCUUACCAUACCCAUGGAUGUGACGGACGUCAGUAAACCUGAAAAAAACAAUUCAGCUGGGCAGCCAUUCUAAAACCUGCUUCAGGAGUUAACACACUUUAGUUCUAGACAUUCUCAAGUUGUUGUUUUAGUUGCCUUUUCCAAGUUUGGGAAAUAAGUUCUGAAUUUGAGGGCUUUGGUGAGUGGAAAAUGGGAUAAGUAAACCCCACUUUAUGGAAAUUGCCCAUUACCAGAAGGAUUUUGAUUUC